CCCUCGGAGUCGCUCAGUGAAGCAACAUCCCCCGGAGCCUGGGAAUCCCAGUCUUGGCCUCGCCUUUGCUGCCGCGGUACGACGUGGGGAAGGGAUUUGCCGGGUGAACGAGUUCCUGUGAACCCCUGGGAACCGGGCCUCCGCUGAUUCCGUCGUCCGGGUCGGGGCGCCAGUGGAUUCCUGGGACCUGCUCUCAAGGAAGGUGCAGACUUCCUGGAGACACCAGUCAAUUAAACGGAAGAGUUAUGUUUGGAACGCCAAGCACUGCGCAGUAGCCACGAACUUAUUGUUAUCAACUCAACAGGCUUUCAGGGAGGGUCCGCCGUGUGCCUGUUUGGGGGUGGGACACAGGAGGCAUCCCAAAAAGAUACCUGUCUUCAAAGCAUGUUUCAGGAACCCUGUGUGCUGCCUCUUCAAUUCAGAAUUAAGGAAACUGAGUACUCAGCAAAGAAACUUGUCGUAAGGUACAGAGAUCCUCCGGCCAGGGAAGACCACCUGGCUCCUGAGGACCUGGUUCAGAACUCGGGAAAUGCGGUUUGCACGUGAGGACGGAGGGUGGGCUGGAGCUGGACCCAUAGAAGCAGCGCGGACCGAGUCAGCUCUGGCCUCCGCCCGCCCGGGGGCGUGCCUGGCGGCCCCCGCCCUGCAAGUGGGCCGGUGGUGGCCUGAGCCAAGAGGAUUGGCUGUUUCAAUGGCAGAGCCAGGGGAGGCGGCUGCACUGGGAGGCCUGCCUCCCAGAGUUCGCUGACACCGAGGAUGGGGCCUGCUCCCCAAGAUCCAGAAGUGGGUCCCAGGAAGCCCAGAGCCAGCAAGGAGUCACUUCCAUCCUGCCUACGGAGAGCCAGCCUCGCGGCCAGAGCCAGCUCGUGUUUCCGUCACCUUCACCGCCCGCCGGGUCGCAGAGCCCUGGUGGAACACAGGCAGGGGCGGCGCAGGGGCAGCACAGGGGCGGCUCACGGACACGCAGAGGUCACCGGGAGGGAAAGCCGGCCCAGCCAGGGUGCGGGUUUCCAGCCAUCACCCGCGGCCUCGGUGGUGAAUGAAGAGUUCGUGGACCCUUCAAUUGGCAGGCAAGUUUUUGGACCCCCCAGGAUAUCCGCGGCUGACCGCCCAGGAGGAGUCCUUCUAGUGCAGAGGUGCUGCCCAGGGCUUCCCGAGCCACCGUGCAGGAGGGAGCUGGGGACGGGCCGGAGAGGGACAGGCCCCGCAGGGUCGCCCACGUGCACCCCUACGUGCACCCCAUGGAUCUGUACGACUCCGGGGACCGGCUGCAGGCCUUCCCGGCAGAGAGCGGGCGGAUGAGAAGAGGAGCUGCCCCGGCGGAGGUGACCAGUGAGCCCAGGGGCGCAGCCAAGGGUCAGCCUCCGCGAGACCUUGAGGAGGCAGUGGAUGAGCUGGUCCAUCUGUACGGACUGGAAGAGGACGACGAACUGGCGGACGACGAACUGGCGGACGACGAGUUCGUUACCGAGAGCGCGCCCAGGAUAGAGGUUUCGGAGUAUGCUCCCCCGCACGUGGCGACGAGGGGAGAACCAGCCGCGCGGCAGACGGACUGGAGACUCGGCGGCGCCGAGGCCGCGGAGGAGGCCGACGGCCUGGGCUUCGGCGGGUGGGGCUCCGAGGGCCAGUGCCGGGACCUGCGGGAGGCCUACCGGUUCGCGCGCGGCCGCUCCAGCGAGGAGUACGAGUGCUACGUCAUCCCGGAGGAGGAGGACGAGGAGGAGGCCGCCGACGUCUUCUGCGCCACCUGCAAAGCUCCGCUGAGAGCGGCGGAGAAGGAGCUGGAGGAGCACCGAGGGCAUGAGGUGACGCCGCUCAGCAAGGCGCUGGAAAGCGCCAAGGACGAAAUUCACAGGAACAUGUACAGGCUGGAAAAGCAGAUCAUCGAGAUGGAGAACUUCGCCAGUCACUUGGAGGAGGUGUUCAUCACUGUGGAGGAGAAUUUCGGGAGACAGGAGCAAAACUUCGAGUCCCAUUACAACGAGAUCUUGGAAACGCUGGCCCAAAAAUACGAAGACAAGGUGCAGGCCCUCGGGGAGAGGAAGAAGGAGAAGCUGGAGGCCCUGUACGCGCAGCUGGUCAGCUGCGGCGAAAACCUGGACGCCUGCAGGGAGCUCAUGGAGACCGUGGAGGAGAUCUGUCACGAAGAGAAGGCGGACUUCAUCAAGGAUGCCAUGGCUAUGGCUGACAGACUCAGAGAGUUCCUGGAAACGGAGACCAACGUGGACGUCUCCACGCAGCCGGCCCUGGAGGACCAGACCCUGGACUUCUCCGACGUGGAGCAGCUGCUGGGCUCCAUCAAUGCCGUCCCAGCCCCUUCCGCCCCAGUGAUAAACCCACAGGCCCCCAACUCCGCCUCGGGCUCCUCGGUCCGCGUGUGCUGGAGCCUGUGCUCCGACGACACGGUGGAGAGCUACCAGCUGUCCGGCCGGCCGGCGCGGGACGGCGCCCCGGGCAAGGGCCAAGCAGAGUUUACGAUGACCGUCAAAGAAACGUACUGCUCAGUGAGGAAUCUCGUGCCAAACACCCAGUAUGAAUUUUGGGUCACAGCUCAGAACGGGGCCGGCGUCAGCCCCGCCAGCGAGCGUGUGGUGUACAUGACAGCGCCCGCUCCCCCCGUCAUCAAGAGCGGCGAGGUGCGGAGCUGCGAGGAGGCCGCGCUGAUCCGCUGGGAGUCCGGGAACCUGGGUCCCGUGGACUCGUACACGGUGGAGCUGACCCAGGCAGAGAUGCCGGGAGCCUCGGGCGUGACCGAGUCCGUCGUGGGCGUCCCCACCUGCGAGUCGCUGGUGCAGCUGCAGCCCCGGCGGAGCUACACGAUCUACGUGCGUGCCCUCAACGUGGGGGGCCCCAGCGCCAGGAGCGAGCCCGCCACGGUCCACACCACAGGCAGCUGCUUCCGCCUGAACGCGCACACCUGCCACCCCUGGCUGACGGUUUCCGAGGACGGGCUGACCGUGGUGCGCGGUGACGGCAGAGCCCCUGCGAGGGAGCCGCCCCCCAGCGACGCCCGCUUCACCAGGUGCGUCGCCGCCAUGGGGAACCUAGUUCCGGUCCGCGGGCGCCACUACUGGGAGGUGGAGGUGGACGAGCGGUCGGACUACACGGUGGGCGUGGCCUUUGACGACGUCCCUAAACAGGAGGACCUGGGAGCCAACUGCCGGUCCUGGUGCAUGCGGCACGUGUGGGCGCCGCCAAGGCAUAAGUACGAAUUUCUACACAACAAGAGGACUCCGGAUAUAAGAAUAACAGUUUCCCCGAAGAAGAUCGGAGUUCUGUUGGACUACGAAAACUCCACACUGUCCUUCUUCAACGCGGACACUUCUCAGCACCUGUACACGUUCGGCUGCCAGCUCCAGCAGUUCGUGCACCCCUGUUUCUCUUUGGAAAAGCCGGGGCGCCUAAAGAUACACAACGGCAUUGCGAUGCCCAAGCACGUCUCCCUCUACUAGACGGGGCGCGGGUGCCCCGUGCCCUGCCUGCCUUCCGACCUGCCCCCCUCCGCCACUCACGCCUCCGCACGCCAGCACUGUGCGCCCAGCGCGGCUGCGGCUCCCGCGCCGCCCGGCCUGGGUGUGGUCCUGUGCACUGCCACCCGCGUGAUGCUGUGACUCGCGUCCAGGCCUGGCUGUGAGACGAGGGCUCAGACUGAACGCACUGAGGUUCUUCGGCUUGUCCGACUGCGUUGGCCUGUUUGUGUGUGUGCAACGUAUCUCCGUCUCCAAGGCCGACGGCUUGGGGGCGGGGCGGGGGGGGAGAUGCAUGUCAGUGGCUGCAGCAGCCCCAGCGUGCUCCUGGCGUCUCAUUUGCCAGCCGAGGACAGACCUGAGGGCAGGUCGUCCAGAGAACCGGGCACCCUGUGGCCUUCUCCUCCUGCCUCCCCGGUGGUCAGCAGCCUGUGCUGCAGUCUCCCCCACCGUACACCUUUACAACACCCUGUUCCUCCCUCAGAGCACUGACCCCGUUCCAGUUUGGAACCGACCUCUCUGUCUAAUCCCCUGGGGGCAGGGACAGUGCGUCCCGUUCCUCAUUCAGUCCCCCAGGGCUAACACAGAGGGGCGCACCAAGCACCUGUUGAAUAAACGAGUGUUUCGUUCCCCCA